AAUAAUGUUUAUUACAAAAAUAUUAAAGAACAUUAAUAGAAAAAUUAGAAUGUUGAUCAUUCAAGAAUUUAACUACAACCUCAUAGAGGUUGGCCUGUGAUUCAUCAUGCCAAAAACCGUAUUUGUAGCUCAGUUACAUCACACAAAUUCUGAAGAGCAUUAGCAUAGUCAGCCCACGCCAACGAAUAUCUAUUGUGUUAAUUAUAGCGCCCACUCUUGCGAUACUUUAUAGACUUCCUCAAUCCGCAAGAAAAUUUCAGAGGGGUUAACACCAGACAAAGCCAAGCAACAGUCGUCUGGGGGGACGACAAUCGAACAAACCGACUGAAAACCACCCCUCAAAAUAGCAACAGGACAUGGACUUCCAAGGGGAGCCGGCGAAAUUCCCAGUACUCCCCGGCCGGCGAUUCCGGGGGACUAGGUAGCCAGGGGUUACUGUCACUGUUUGGUGUCCAACAAAUUUAUUUACCUCAGGCGAAUCUAUCGUAUCAACUUCGAUAUUGCCGUGUGUGUGGAGAUAGCAGCAAAUUAAAUCUGAGAAAAAUUCAAUGUGUGUAGUCUGUCCAGGUCUUUUAUCAAAUCAGAAUCGUUGCUGCAGGAAACUUAGUUGCUGGAAUGGCCGAACUUCUGUCCCGCGAAAAGGAACUCUUCAAGAUAAAUCAGGAGCUCAAUCUCCUGACCCUCAGUUCCGCCGCCGAAGCCAUGUACCCAAGGGAUGCCAAGGGAUCACCCGCAUCCACGGCGGUGGUGCCGCGAUAUGCCACCUUCCAGAAGCACAAAGGUCCGAGCAGCCUGCUCCGGAAGAAGGGGGUGACCACGACGCCCACGAAGCCUCUUCCUCCUCCACCUGGUAGAGCAACCACUUCGCCACAGCCCGAGACGAGUCUGCUGACCAAGUCCAAGCCGGCCGACUGGAAGCAAACCAAAUCCGCAGCCGCACCCACCUCUCCGACCACCCGCACUGUAUCCAAGUUCAGCACCUUCACGCGGGAUGUGAGCAGCAAGACGGCCACGUUUGUCAAGUACCGGAAUCCCAACUUCAGCGAGAGUCCCUCGCUGGACGAGCUGCUGCGCAGCGACGCCGAGGAGGCAUCCCGGAAGCAGGAAGUCGUCGAGGUGGAGGUCACCCAGAAGCGGGAGAGCACCACCGUCGUCAAUGGGCAGGUGAAGAAGCAGGUCACCAAGGACAACUUUAUCAAAUUUCUGAAGGCCAAGGUGGCCAUCCUGGAGGAGGACCACGCCCACCAUGCCGGCGAGUUGACCCGCCAGAAGGAGCAGCUUGAGCUAGCCCUCGAGGCACAGCGCAAGUCGGAGAACCAGCGCGACCAGGCCAUCAGUUCCAACAAUCACCUCUCCGAGCAGCUGAUGCGCGUCGAGCGGCAGUGCGAGGAUGCCAGCCGGCGGCAGAAGGAGCGGCAGCAGGACUUUACCAUCCAGCAGCGGGAACUGGAGCAGCUGAGGCGCGAUGCCAAGGUCUCGAGGCAGACGACCAUGAACCUGGAGAACCGGCUGUCCCGCGCCCAGGAAGAUGCGGACACGGCUCGCCUGGAGGUCAAGCAGCUACGCGAGGAGCAGCGCGACCAGCUGGAGGUGCAUCGCAAGGAACUCAAGCAGCGGGACAGCCGGAUCCGGGCACUGAAGCGCCAGCGGGGCGACCUGCUAAACGCCUACAAGAAACAGCUCUACAUGAUCGACAACCUGAAGCGGCAGACCAGCUGCCUGGAGCAGUCGGCGGCCAUAGGAUUCGGCGAGAAAGAGUUCAACAAGGUGCUCGAGUGGAAUGCCAAGACGUAG